CCCAGGUGUUGUUACUAGAAUGUCUCCCGAUUCAAACAAGCGUCAUACGCACAGCUGGGCGCGUGCACAUUAUGACCAGUAGUCGGCGCUACGUUAAAUAAAAAUAUUGCCAUUCGGCGAACUUGAAACAUUAUCGCCUUCAGUAGAUUUAUGAUUGUAUUAAUCAUUAAUCUUUUACCAGCCCCAUAUAGCAAGUGAUUCUGUUGUAACCUGUAAUUACUCAACGCAAGCUUUUGAAGUAGCACUUUGCAUUGAACCGACCAACACAAGUCAAGAUGAAUCCCAGCGGCAACAGGUCCAGUGGGAAAACAUUCUUGUUUACAUCGGAAUCAGUUGGAGAGGGACAUGCUGACAAAAUGUGUGACCAGAUAAGUGACGCUGUCCUGGAUGCAUACCUGACUCAGGAUCCUGAUUCCAAAGUGGCCUGUGAAACUGUUACUAAGACCGGUAUGAUCAUGCUGUGCGGUGAGGUCACCUCCAAGGCUGUGGUGGACCUCGUGGAUGUGGUCAGGAACACUGUGAAGAAGAUUGGUUACGAUCACUCUUCCAAAGGGUUUGACUAUAAGACAUGCAAUGUUCUGGUGGCCUUGGAACCCCAGGCAGUGGAGAUAUCGGAUUGUGUGUUUGAAGGCAGGGACCAGGACAACAUUGGAGCCGGAGAUCAGGGCCUGAUGUUUGGCUAUGCUACCGAUGAGACUGAAGAAUGUAUGCCACUCACCAUCCUCCUGGCUCACAAACUCAACCACAAGAUGAAGGAGCUGUCUGCCAACGGGGAGUGUCCCUGGAUCAGACCUGACUCUAAAACUCAGGUGACAGUGGAAUACCGUGAGAACAGUGGAGCCCUGGAGCCGAUGCGUGUUCAUACGGUGGUCAUCUCUGUGCAGCACAGCCCCGAGGUGAGUCUGGAGGAAAUACGCCGCAGCCUGAUGGACAAGGUCGUCCGGACAGUCAUCCCUGCCCAUUUGCUAGACAACAAGACCAUCUACCACCUGCUGCCAAGUGGGAAGUUCCUCAUGGGCGGACCUCAGGGUGAUGCCGGACUGACUGGCCGUAAGAUCAUAGUGGACACCUAUGGAGGGUGGGGGGGACAUGGCGGAGGGGCCUUCUCAGGGAAGGACUACACUAAAGUGGACCGCUCUGGGGCGUACGCAGCCCGCUGGGUGGCCAAAUCUCUUGUGAAAGCCAAGCUCUGCCGGAGAGCCCUGGUACAGGUUUCGUAUGCCAUUGGUGUAGCUCACCCACUGUCAAUCUCAGUGUUUCAUUAUGGAACGUCCACACGAGACGAGGAUGAACUGCUGAAGAUUGUAAACAAAAACUUUGACCUCAGGCCUGGGGUCAUUGUCAAAGAGCUGGGCCUGAAGCAGCCCAUCUACCAGCCCACCGCUUGCUAUGGACACUUCGGCAGGGAUGAGUUCCCCUGGGAGAAGCCCAAGCCAUUGGUGUAUUGACGGAAACCACUCUUACACAAAAUGUGUACAUUCUGCUUGAAAAUGUUAUGAUCAUUUUUCAACAUUUACAUUAUCAACUGUAAAUCAUGGAUCAAACUCUUAAUAUUUUUGAUUACUGAAAUUAUAAGUUAACGUUUCAGCAACGUUGUGUAAUACAUGUGUUUUGUAACAUAUGGUUGGUUUAAACAUGCUACAGUGGGGAGAACAAGUAUUUGAUACACCGCCGAUUUUGCAGGUUUUCCCACUUACAAAUCAUG